AUGGGUAAGGGACAUUUGUCGUUUCGCCGUCUUUCGAGCAUCCGUCACCGGAAAAAGGGUUCUGCGGUGAAGGAUGAAGCUCAGACAUCGAUGGUUUUAUCUCCACCGGCUCCGACGCCGAUCAAUUCAGGCGGACCGAUUGUGGGAGUGACCGGUAAGGCGAAGAAGAAAACCGGUGGAGCUAGACUGUGGAUGAGGUUUGAUCGGACUGGUGCUAUGGAAGUUGUGGAAUGCGAUAAGAGCACCAUCAUCAAACGUGCUUCUGUUCCAGCUAGGGAUUUGAGGAUUCUUGGACCUGUUUUCUCUCACUCUUCUAACAUUCUAGCGAGAGAGAAAGCUAUUGUUGUCAAUUUAGAGGUCAUAAAGGCGAUAGUUACCGCAGAAGAAGUGCUGAUCUUGGAUCCUCUCCGACCUGAAGUUCUUCCGUUGAUUGAGCGGCUAAAGCAACAGUUUCCUCUGAGGAAUGGGACAGAAAAUGCUUCUGCAAAUGUACAAUCUCCUCUUGAUCCUGAAGGCGCAGAGGGUUUGCAGAGCGAGCUUCCUUUUGAAUUUCAGGUUCUGGAGAUUGCGCUCGAGGUUGUUUGCUCGAUUGUUGAUACUAGUGUGGCAGCACUUGAGACAGAAGCUUGGCCUAUCCUUGAUGAACUCACCAAGCAUGUUAGCACCGAGAAUCUUGAAUACGUACGAAGUUUGAAAAGUAAUCUCACCCGCUUGCUAGCCCGUGUACAAAAGGUGAGAGAUGAACUCGAACAUUUGUUAGAUGACAACGAAGACAUGGCAGACUUAUAUUUGACAAGGAAAUGGAUCCAGAACCAGCAAACCGAGGCAAUACUUGCGGGGACAGCAUCAAACAGCAUUGUAGCCUUACCGCAUAAUACAUCAAAUCUCCACCGGCUCGCAUCAAACAGAAGCGCCAGUAUGUUGACGAGCAAUGCGGAUGAAGACGACGUGGAGGAUCUGGAGAUGUUGCUGGAGGCAUACUUCAUGCAACUGGAGGGAAUGCGGAACAAAAUUCUAACGGUCAGGGAAUACAUUGACGACACGGAAGACUACGUGAACAUACAACUAGACAAUCAACGUAACGAGCUGAUCCAGCUGCAGCUGAUACUGACCAUAGCCUCGUUUGCAAUAGCUGCAGAGACAUUGUUGGCCAGCUUGUUCGGAAUGAACAUACCAUGUCCAUUGUAUGAGAUGGAUGGCAUCUUUGGCUACUUUGUGUGGAGUAUUACUGCGUUUUGCCUUCUGCUUUUCCUGGUCAUCCUCGGUUACGCCAGCCAAUUACACGGAGUCAAAAGGUCUCGUGUGACCGUCUCCCUCGUAUCCAAACUAGAAAAAGCUCUGCUAGAGGAGGCUGCUUUCGCGUACCUUCUCUCAAAGAGGUGGCGAAAUCUCUAUACCAUCAUACAAAAGGUCGAGUUUGAUGACAGAAUUGAGAAUCAAGGGAGUUUGAUGGAUUUCUUGGAUGGAGUGGUUGCUCUGCCUCCCGGUUCCGGCAUAAGGAAAUUCUCCUUAACAUGUCAAAAGGGAGUUGAUCCAACUCAGUAUGCUCAAGUGAACCGGCGUCUCUGUAAUGUGUUGAAGAAGCGUGGUGUCUUGGAGCUUAAACUGGACAUAAAUGCUAAAAAUGGAUAUUCACUGCCUUUUGGGGUCUUCACUUGCAAGACGGUGGCUAAGCUGGACCUAGGGACUGACUCUGCAUUGGAUCUUGUCUCUGAGAAUGCCUUUCUUCCGGUGCUUAGGACUCUCGUUCUUAAUUCACAUGAAUCUAUUAAUGCGCUUCGAAACUUUUUUUCGGCUUUCCCUUUGCUUCUCUGA